GCAGUGGGUACCCGGUGACGGCGAUCGACUGUGCCGGCUGCCGGCAUGGCCGCUCGGGUGCUCAGCCCACUGCCCAGGCUGAAGCCCUUCAACAGACUGCAAGUAAUAUUACAGCAUUUGAAGAUGUCUAAGCAUACAAAUUCUACAGAUGAAGUGGUGUUCGAAAAGAAAGGAAGUGCAGGAAUAAUAACUUUGAAUAGACCCAAAGCUCUCAAUGCACUAAGUUUUUCUAUGAUCCAACAAAUUCACCCACAAAUAAAGACUUGGGAACAAGAUCCUGAAACUUUUCUAAUAAUUAUAAAGGGAAGUGGAGGAAAAGCUUUUUGUGCUGGAGGUGACAUCAAAGCCAUCAGAGAUGCAGGAAAAGUUGGAGAUAAACUGACACAAGAUUUCUUCAGAAGGGAAUAUAUCCUGAACAAUGCCGUUGGCACUUGCAAGAAGCCGUAUGUGGCACUUAUUGAUGGCAUUACAAUGGGAGGGGGAGUUGGUGUCUCAGUCCAUGGACAUUUCCGAGUUGCCACAGAAAAGACAGUUUUCUCGAUGCCAGAAACAGCGAUAGGCCUUUUUCCCGAUGUAGGUGGAGGAUAUUUCUUGCCAAGGCUAUCAGGAAAGAUUGGUUAUUGCCUUGCACUAACAGGAUUUAGGUUGAAAGGAAGAGAUGUACUAAAAGCUGGCAUUGCUACACAUUUUGUAGAAUCUGAAAAGCUACCUGCCUUAGAGAAGGACCUGAUAGCACUGAAAUCUCCUUCAAAAGAAAAUAUUGCAGACAUACUGAACUUCUAUCAUACAAAGUGCAAAAUUGAUCAAGAGAAGGAUUUUGUACUUGAUGAACAUAUUGAGAAGAUUAACAGUAUUUUUUCAGCAAAUAGUAUGGAAGAAAUUGUUACAAAAUUAAAGCAAGAUGGUUCUCCUUUUGCCACAAAGCAGCUAGAGACUAUUAACAAGAUGUCACCUACAUCCUUAAAGAUAACUCUCAGACAGCUCAGAGAAGGAGCUUCUAUGAGCUUACAAGAUGUACUCAAGAUGGAAUACAGAUUGAGCCAAGCAUGCAUGAGGGGCCACGACUUCUUUGAAGGGGUUCGAGCAGUGCUGAUCGACAAAGACCAAUGCCCCAAAUGGAAGCCAGCUACUCUAGAAGAAGUCAGUGAUGAAUUUGUGGACAAUUGUUUUAAGCCAUUGGGAAACAACGAUCUCAAGUUGUAAAGAUCCAGCCUACUGACAUCUUAUACAUCUGCUUAAUUCUGUGAUAUACAAAUUAAUAGUAAUGUGAUAACGUUUGACAAGGCUCUUUUAGCUCUCCUGAGAUUCUGAAGUCUACUUUUUGCACUCAGGAAUAGUCUCUUCUGUUAUGCUGCCAUAAUGGCAAAAUAAUUGUAUCUCUGGUUAAUAAGGGGAAAAAUUACUUUAGUGCACACCGUUAUUUUUACUGCUUUACACAAUGAUUAACUUUUUUUUUUUUGGGUGUCAGCUCUUAGUUUAGGAGGAACUUUUUUGGUGAGAGAACAUGGUUAAGGGAAAACUUAAUAAACAAGAAGUUGGGAGACCACUGUGUUCUUGACUCUGUCACUGAUCUGUUAAAUUUAGAUAGUGUCUCAGAUUUUUCUCUGUACAAUGAACACAAAAUAUACUUAAGGCUUUAAACUAGUCAGAGCUACCCAAGACAAUGCAAAACAUGCUAAAUCCAUGGUGUUAAGUAGUUAUUUAAAUAAAAGACUGACAUGCGAUUAGUCUGAGAGCAAGAAAUUGUUCUACUGAUUUAACAUUUGGUCAGUAUUCAGUCUUGCUAUGUAAUGUAGACAUUGUUUCAAGUGUUGUAAUAUUGCCAAAGCCUCGAGCACACUUCCAUUUGCUUGUAAAACCAACUAUUUUAGAAUGCCAUUAAGUCUGAUUGAACUGCAUAAGUAGUUUUUCAUGAUUUCAAAAUUUGCUAGUUUUUCCUGGUGGUAUAGUAGUGAAAAAGUAAGUCUCAGAUCUUCCUCUGACUGCUAAGCAGCACAUUUCUUGUUGAUGUUAGUUAUUGUCUAAUGAUUUUAGUGGUAGAUGUCAGCCUGGCCCUAAUACUGUAAAUGGCUGGAGUUCAUCUAUACCAGCCCAUUUGGAUUUGUGCUUGUGCUUACUAACAUUGGGUCUGAUGGGUAGAAAAUCUGUCAAAUGCAGGAGGACCACAGCAAUACAUAUUGAACAUAUAUGAAUAGGAGAAGACAUGAAGUAUCUGCUGCUACAUGGAUUCUAUAGUUUUUUAACGCAACAUACCCUAACAAAGACAUUUGUUGGGACCAAAAUUUAAAUACACAUAAAAACCCCCUUGUUGUAUGUACAUUAAAGGUUGCUGGGUUCUGAUACUAAUAAUACUUGAUGUUAUAAGACGUAACUUGAUAAAAGUAUCAUAUUUUGAGGGGGGGUAAAUUAAUUUUCCUAUUGCGUAUGCAACACAUAGUUACUAAUCUUUCAUCAGCAUUAAGACUGCACAUUGUUUUAUGGCUAAUCAAAUAAUAUAUCAGUUUCUCUUCGUACUUGUUUCUACAGUUACAGGCAGGUCAUGAAUUAAAAUUUUGGCUUCUCUGAAGAUGAACCAGAACCUACAAGAAGGAAACUUUUGUUCAAAUGACAGUAAUCAGUAUUGGGGAGAGCUAGAGCACAUCUGAGUUUUCAACAUUGGGCAGUUUUUAUUACCAACACUAAUUUGUCUUCACUGGCUUAAAUCUCCUUUCUUCCCAGAAGCUGUUGCCUAGAAACCAAGUCCAGGAAAUUCAGGUUUCCAGGUGAGAUACUAGAGUGACUUUCUGAGCCUUAGAUAUGAGCAAAAUGUAAGGCAAAAAAUAGCAUCUUAAAGAUAAAAUUGUUAAAAUUUCAAUGCAAGUUAAUUUUACCCUGUAUGUAUUUGUUAUGAGACAUUCCUUGAGUUCAUUUUCCAAAGUAGUUAUUUUAAUACCUUUAAGGUAAUUCUUAAAAUAGGACUUAAGUUUCUGCCUCGUGCUGGUUCUGUGAGAAACGUAAACCUCCUCUCUUAAAUUGUUAUAUGUUGUAGAUUCUUAAACAAUGGCUAUUCUAAAUUUAUUGUUUCAUUUGGAAUGUUUCAUAAUGGAAUUGGUUCAUUCCGUAUGUUUGUACAAAAGGAGCAAUCUUCAGCGACUAUAUUUAAUGAAAAACACAGUAAUCCCCAGGGAGUGGGAAUCGUGCCUUCUCUGAUUUACUACAUUUCAGCCAGAGUAUCCUUCUGACUCAAUAAACUUUGGCUUGCAUGUUCAGCUGCUUCCAAAAUGUAUGUAAGCAGGAAUUGGCCCAAACACAUGGUAACAAGAUCCUAUCCCAUCUACACUUUUAUCAAAUAAAAGUCAUACAAACAGAUGAUAAGUUUAAUUUUAUUUGGUCCACAAGAAAAUAUUUUCCACAAAAAAUAUUGUAAAAAUAUAUUGGAGUGUAUUUUAUUUGGGAAUACUGGUGUGUCUUAUUCCAGAAAUGUCAACGUUACAAAGUUGUGCUGCAGCUAAUGUGUUUUGAACCAUUAUUAGAGUAUCAAGUCAGUCACAUUGUUACCCGCGUCUCUCAGACUUAAUGUUUCCUGGAGAAAAGGAGUGUAUUUUUAACUCCUAAAUAUUUAGAAGUAAAUGGCGUUGCAGAGUAUGCCAGUCCCAUACUGGAGUGCCUUCAUGACACAAAAUGAAGUAAAACAAUCAGUGACAACUUAGCUGGAAAGCCACUUGAAGUGGCUUUAUAAGACUAUAGCACAUCUUAGAGUAAUCUAAUUUGAAGUAAACAUGUAAUGUUACCAGUAUUGUGCCUAUUAAAAAUACAUUAGAACUGUGGAAAGAGAUCUCCUUUCAUCUCUCACCAGACUGCAGAAUUGAACAUAUGUUGUUAGGGUUUUUUUUUUUUUGCAAUACUCACUGUAAAAAGAUUAU